AUGUCGGGCUCACCAACAAAAUCCGUCGAUAUCACCAUCAUCGGUGCGGGCCCAACGGGUCUGGCGAGUGCUGUGCUUGCAAGACAGCUUGGGUUGAGCGUCUGCAUUGUUGAUCAAGGAGAUGAACCUCUUAAGGUCGGUCGUGCCGAUGCCUUGAACAGUCGAACUCAAGAUUAUUUUGAUAUGUUGGGUAUUCUUCCAAGUCUGCAAGAACUUGGUCUGAAAUGCAAUACAAGUUCAACCUUUGCAAAUGGAGAAUUUAUUUCUCGGCAGAGCCACUGGUGGACGUCACUAAAGCACACUACAUACCCAAACUUUCUCAUGCUUGGACAGCCAGUUAUCAUGCAGCAUCUCGCAAAGAUUUUGGAUAUUCCGGUCAUAUACAGGAGCCAACUUCAAGAUUUGAUUGAGACAGAAGACAAAGUAACUGCGGUACUUGAUAACAUGACCAUUGAAAGCAAAUAUGUUAUUGGUGCAGAUGGAGCCAGAUCCAAGGCCCGGCAAAUUUUGAAGAUCCCUUUCGAGGGAACCAAGCCGGAAAUGGUGUGGGCAGUGCUUGACACGUUCCUGGACACAGAUUUUCCUUUAUGCCCAGAAAUUAUCACCUUCCAAGUUGAUGGCCAAGCAAGAGUAUCGUGGAUUCCUCGGGAGCGCGGACUGGCAAGAUUUUAUAUCUUACUAGACGACGAAAUUACACAAGAAAAUUCCGAGAAAGAGAUUCGCAAAUUCUUGGCCCCUUAUAGAGUCGAGUUUCCGAAAACAGAGUGGUUUAGCACGUUCGAAAUCAAGGAACGUCUUGCAAGGUCGUAUUUCUCACCCGGUGGCCGUAUUGCUCUUGCAGGAGAUGCUGCCCAUGUACAUGCUGUCAAUGGUGGACAAGGAUUGAACACUGGAAUUUCAGAUGCCUUCGCCCUGGUCUGGAGGUUAUAUCUUGGAACUAAAGGCUAUGAUUCCUUAGUCAAGACCUACGAACUAGAGCGAAGGCAUAUUGCUGCUGAUGUGCUCUCCGUUGCUGCAAAGUUGGUCCGUAGUACUUUGAGAACUGCUACGGAGUACGUGGAGAUUGUGGAGAAAAACGCAGCCUACAUCACAGGAGGAGGAAUCCAGUAUUUGAGAGACACAAAGACCGUGUCAGGAGCCGAUGCUGAUCCUUUUGUACCGGGAUACCGUUGCCCUGAUCUGACCCUCACCCGUGGUGAUGGCAGCAGAGUUCGCUUGUAUCAAAUUCUCAAAUACAGUUCAUUCACCGUCCUUCGCGUCAACAACGCUGAAGUCAAGAUCCCGGAGGCUGCUACUCCAUUUUGCGAUGUCUGGAACUUAGUACUUGACGAUAAAACUGCUAAUGGUCAUGCAGAAGUACAGGAAGGAGCCUCCAAAAGGCUGACCUACAAUAGUAUACCAUUGCCCGAAUGGGUCCAUGGAGUUGUGAUCCGACCAGAUGCUUAUGUAGGCUAUGUUGGGGAGGAUGCUGGCCAAUACCUCUCAGGAAUCUUCCAGAAUUAG